GUUAAAAGAAAAGAUAGCAAAUAAUUUAUCUUUAAUGACUUUCAGUUGAAUUCUUUACUAGCAGGAAUGUUUAAUGCAAUCUUAACUAUUCUGAUUAAAAAAUGAAAACAUUUUAACAUUAUAAUGUAAAUUAUCAUCUGUUAUUCUCUUAUUCUUGAAUUUAUGAAUACAAAAAUGAGUGAUAAAAAAGUACCACAAUUUUUUAUUCCAGCCUCUUAUAAAGGUCAUCAAACCAGUCCAACACCUGUUUCAUCUAAUAAUCUACGUUCACAAAAUUCAACUAGUAUCAACGAUACACAACAUCAACGAAAUCUUACAAAUCAACUGUCAACUGAAUUGAAUCCUAAUUCUCCUGGAAUAAAAUUUGUUAAUGGAAAACGAGAUCAGAAACAAUCAUUAUUAUUCCCUUCACCUACUGGAACAUUAGAUUUAUCACACUAUAAUUUUGUACCUACACAAGCAGAUAAUACUAAUAACGCGAUUAUUACCACUAAUGCUAACAACAAUAAAGAUACUAAGUCUAAACGACUAAAUGGUCGGUUAUCUAAUCAGGUAUCGGCAACAAAUAAUCGGUUGAAUGAUACACUCAUUGAUAAUAAUAAUAAUAAUAAUGCAGAAUUUAUGGAUUCUGCACAAACAGCUGAAAAUGGUGAAAAAGAGAAAAAACGUAGACGGUUUCGCAGACCACGGAAAAAUAGUAAAUUAGAUAGAUUAAUACGUUUCCUUGAAGAUAAACGUGUCAAAGAUGAUGGUAAUGGUGAAGAGUUAGAAGAUUUACAAAUGCCAAGAUUAAGAAAAGUUUUAAAUAUUAUAUUUGUAACAUUAGGUGUUUGUUUUCUACUGGCUGUGAUAAUUGUCAUAUUGUAUACAACAUUUGCUGGUGAAACUGAAACAUUAAAAGAUUUAUGCCAGCACCGAAAUAAGCCUUCUUCUUCUUGUGACAAUCAAACAGAUCUUGAUCAUUCAGAGUUUGAAGAGGAUGAUUCUACAGUAUCAGGAAUUCCCCAUGCACAUAUUACAUCAGAGAAUUUCCCAAGAUCAGAUGAUACACAGAAGUCUCAGCUUAUGCAUACAUCACCAUCAGAACUUAGUCCUUCUAACUCAGCUUCGUCGCAAAAAUAUAAUAAUAUACCUGAAUUACAAAGUCCCUUGGAUGUAAGCAUUAGUCAGAUUGAUGGAACGAAUGAAGGAGUGACACGAGGACCAUUACCUCCUCCUCCUCCAGAUCUAUAUUCAUAUAUUGAUACCUUUGAUGAUAUCUAUUUGACACAAACAAAUAAUCAAGGAAAUUAUCCAUGGUCUCACAAGGUGUAUAAUAAUGCUCCGAAAGCAGAAUCAAUGAAUAACCAUCCAAAUUAUAUUCAACAGCCUUCAAAUGACAAACAGCGGAAUGAUAUGAAUACCAUUUGGCCUGAAUCAUGGAUGCCACCAAUACAGCAUGAAAUAAAAGCUACGGAACACAAUUAGAUCAUAAUAAGCAAGAUAUUUUUUUUUAAAAACGUGUAAUUUGCACAUUUAUUUUCAUCUCUUACUCUCAUACUUUCUUUAGAUAUGAAUAAAGUACAAUGUACUUUGAUAAUAUCUCAUUUUCUCAUAUUGUAAACAACACAACAAUUUUGUAAUUUAAUCAUUAAUUUACUCUAAAAAAAAAACCUUUUUUCUUUGAGCAAACAGCAAAUCAUGCAGCAUUCAUUUAUGCAAUGUUCACAUACAAAUUUUAAAACAGCACUUUUGUACAGAUUGAACAAUUUAAACAAAUACUUACAGUAUGAUUUACUAAACUGUAUUUUUCUCCAUUUUAUAUACUUAAUAAAUUUUAAUUUUUUUAUAUCUUAUCAAAUAAAUUGAUUCUUAUGAAAACAAAAA